CACAAUGUAACUUGACUGACAAAUAUAAGUACCAAUCUUAGCUCAAUUUUGUAGUAUACUUUGACCAAUGACUAAGGAGUGGAGAGAAUGUCACUUCCCUUGAGUUGGACUUCGAGCAGGGAUCUUCUGUGCUUUAGCCCAUCAAUGGAGGAAAGAACGUCAUAUAUUUCAUACAUUUAGCUGCCAACAUCAGAUCAGUUAUUCCAUGAUAACUAGCUAGCAAGUAUUUUAUUUUUUAUCUCUCACCCCAUUAUUACCAUAGCGCUGUCUCUUUUUGGUGCCAAACAUGCAUUAAAAAAGACCACAGUCAGUGCCGAGAAAUGUUGAAAGGGGAAUUCGUGUAAGCGCUAGCUAUCUCUUGGUUAUAUAGCUAACGUUAGCUAUCUAGCUUUAAUUCUGGUCAGAUAAGUAGCUAGCUAGUUCAAGAAAACGAGUUAAAACCAAAAAUUGAUAGACAAGUAAAUCAAUAUUCCCUUGCAACCAGAAGAGAACAUUUCUCCGAAAACGUGGUGGCCUAAGCCAUGGGGGCGUUCCUGGACAAGCCCAAGACUGAGAAGCACAACGCCCACGGCGAGGGCAAUGGUCUCCGUUAUGGCCUGAGCAGCAUGCAGGGCUGGCGGGUGGAGAUGGAAGACGCCCACACCGCCACGGUGGGUCUACCCCAGGGCCUGGACAACUGGUCCUUCUUCGCUGUCUACGACGGCCACGCCGGCUCCCGCGUGGCUAACUAUGCCUCUAAACACCUGCUGGGGCACAUCAUAACCCACAGCAUGGGUCCCCCGGGCCCUGAGGGUGUCACCCCAGCACCCGCCGUGGAGAUGGUCAAGAUGGGGAUCCGCACCGGCUUCCUGAAGAUCGAUGAGCACAUGAGGAACUUCUCUGACCUGCGUAACGGCAUGGACCGCAGCGGCUCGACGGCCGUGGCCGUGCUGCUCUCUCCAGAGCACCUGUACUUCAUCAACUGUGGUGACUCACGGGCCGUGCUCUACCGCAACGCGCAUGUCUGCUUCUCCACGCUGGACCACAAGCCCUGCAACCCACGGGAGAAGGAGAGGAUCCAGAACGCAGGCGGAUCCGUAAUGAUCCAGAGGGUGAAUGGUUCCCUGGCCGUGUCCCGGGCCCUGGGAGACUACGACUACAAGUGUGUGGAUGGGAAGGGUGCCACGGAGCAGCUGGUGUCCCCAGAACCCGAGGUGUUUGAGAUCGAGAGGGCCCUAGAGGAUGAGUUUGUGGUGCUGGCCUGUGACGGUAUCUGGGACGUGAUGACCAACGAGGAGCUGUGUAAGUUUGUCAAGUCCCGUCUGGAGGUGUCCCACGACCUGGAGAAGGUCUGCAACCAGGUGCUGGACACCUGCCUGCACAAGGGAAGUCGGGAUAACAUGAGUGUUGUUUUGGUCUGUUUGCCAAACUGCCCUAAAGUGUCAGAGGAGGCGGUGAAGAAAGAUACAGAGCUGGAUACGUUUCUGGAGUCUCGCGUGGAAGAGAUCAUAGAGAAGGCAGGAGAGGAGGGUAUUCCUGACCUGGUGACGGUCAUGAGAAACUUGUCCUCAGAGAGCAUCCCCAACCUGCCACCAGGGGGAGGCCUCGCCAGCAAACACAGUGUUAUGGAAGCAGUGUACAAGCGGCUGAACCCACACAGGGAAGUGGACGGGAAUGGAGUAGACCUUGAGGACCCCUGGUAGCAACCCAGCAGAACUGCCUGUUCCCACACCAGGACUCCUUUAUACACAAGACAUCUUUCAUCACUUUGUUUCCCUUUUAUUUUUCCUACGAUACCAAGAGAUCAAUUGGACCAUGAAUGCAGAUUUGAAACUCUCAACACACACAACGCAAAGGAUUGCAAACCAUUUUAGAUGUUUUUUAAAGGGGGGAAAAGGACGACUGCAAUGGUAGAAUAAAACAUUUAAACAAAAUCUAUUCUAGAGAAAUUAAGAGCGUUUUUCCCCUUUUUCCGCUUUUUUGUUUUUGUGGAUUGAUGAAGAGCCUUAGCCUUAGUUGGGACAUGUACACUCUGUGGUGCCUUUUUCCCCCAACGCUGUUAACUGACCUGGCCCCAGCCCUGCUUCUGGACACAAGGGGCCCUACAGGGGACUACCACUGGGUCAGGGAAUCACUGGCCUGUGUCUGCCUGGCUGGACAUUGCUACUGGUAUCGCAGAUAGACAAACGCAAUGUGCAAACAUGUGGACAGGAGUGUCUGAUUGCAUUACUUAUGUGGAAGGGUUUGGAGACGGACUGCUGGUGCGGGAGGGUUUGGAGACGGACUGCUGGUGCGGGAGGGUUUGGAGACGGACUGCUGGUGCGGGAGGGUUUGGAGACGGACUACUUUUUGCACCCUUUUUUCUUUUCUCUCCAACCAACAAAAAACCCACGGAGAGACAGCUAAUGUUGAGACACUGCUUCAACCUGCAAUCAUGUCACUUCUCUGUCCAUAAGCUUUCUAGCCUGCUGUUGAUCAAGAAAAAUGGAAAAUGUAUAUAAAAUCUUGAAUAUUUUGAUUUACGUAAACAAAUGUAAUCCAUGGUGUCAGAUGUGGCCUACUGUGUGUAAAUAUGAGACACAUGGCACAUGGGGAGACACAUGGGGAGAUGUCUGAUAUGAUGUGACGUCUACACCUGGCUAAGGGGAUUCUAACUGCCCACCAAUGCUUCACUACUCAUUUCUACUUGCAUCUUUCUCCUUAUUCAUUUAUCUUAUUUUCUGUCUUUCCUCAACCUCUCCUUAAAAUACAGAGACUUGCAACACCUGGCCUUUUAAUUUCUCUCAGACGAUAUUGUAGUGUUUUAUUUGUUUUUUUUUCAUUUAGCAAUUGUACAUUUCUAGGCAAUGAGUUCACCUUUUUGUAUUUUCAUUUUCAAAUGCUGUGGAAUAGUGUAAUAUGGUUGUUACCUUCUAUUCUCAAAAUGUCUAUAAAUUGGUUGUAUAAAAAAAGUGUUAAAAGGAGAAGUCUAAGGAUGAUUUAGCGUGUCAGUGAGAUUAGAGGGGUGAGGUGGAUCCCUGCCUGGGCUUCUGAUUUAACAAUGAUCUAGUAUACAAGCCGUGGCUGCCAUAUGACUUUUAGGUACUUGCAUGUUGUGUGUGGUUGUAUUUUUACAAUAACAUUGGGGGGGGGGUCAUUACUCCUGGGAAAUGGGUAUGUUUAAGCUAUAGCAGACACUGGGUUAAGGUGGUGGAGGGCUGCUUUGAAUGUAAUUCAACUUCACACUACACUGCUGAGCAGAGUAGGGGCUACAGACUCUUUCCUCCCCCUGGUCAUUUGAUGGCAAAACUUGCCUUGGCAUUCAGUUUUCAUUGUGUUUCAUUGGAAUAUGUAUAGAAUGUCCCACAUGGGAUUAUAUUAAUAAAAUGUUUAUUCUCCCUCAACUUCCUCCCCCGAUCACUACUAACUAUAACGAUUGAAAAAUGAGAAUGAUUCUGAUGUUUUGGGGGCUGGAUUUGAUUUGAGUAAUUUAGUGCCAAUGUCAUUCAUCCUGAUUUUCCUUUUAUGUUUUUUGUAUAUCUACAAGUAUUGAUCUAAAGAAUGAUCUAAUUUCCACAUUUUAUUUAUUCCAGAUUUUAGCCUSUAUUUGAGAAUGGUAUGAGAUUAUGAUGAUGUGUGUAGGCGUGGCAGCCCCGCUCCCUCUUCAGGGUCAGCUGAGUGACGAGGGUCGUGACGGGUUCAGGGGUCGAUUCUGAGUUUUCACCAUACCUCCUUGUACUGAUAGUUCCCAGUAUAACAUUGUGAUGUUUCGGACCAUAUCGUGAGAAUAAUCUUCAAUAAAGGAUGGAUACAUUUAGAUGUCA